AUGAAGUAUAAAGUUGGAGAACGGUUGGACCUUGAUGGCGAGCUGUGCACUCUCAGGUAUAUCGGUGCCAUCCCCGACUGGCCUGGGCAGGUAGCAUAUGGUGUAGAAUGGGAUUCACAGGGGAGAGGGAAACACAGUGGUACACUACAUGGAGUAAAAUACUUUGAGACCAGCAGACCAGACACAGGUUCUUUUCUGAAGGAAUCCAGGGUGCUCAAGACAGUGGGUAUUACCCGCACCCUGUUGGAAGCUCUUCAUUCUCGCUAUGGGGAAAAGCUACUGGAGCUUGAUGAGAUGUACAUAGGCUCCAAAAGACUAGAGGGGUAUGGAUUUGAGAAGCUCACGCUAAUUAAUAAUGACUACUUAAAUCUGAAAGUGCUAUCGCUGUCUAAACUAGGUAUCAAUAGGAUUGGCUCAGAUGAGGAUCUGAGCAACUUUGUCACCAACUGUUCCAAUGUCGAAGAGCUGGAUAUCACGAGUAACCUCUUCAUAGAUUUUGGUGCCGUUAUUUCGAUUGCAUCUAAUCUUCGUAAGCUUCGUACGUUGGAUGUAAGUAACAAUAAGUUUUCAAUAACAGGGGGUUUUAUGAAUCAAUGCUUGCAUGUUAAACGACUCAUUAUCAGGCAUUGCAGGCUGGACGUUACAUCACUUAGAAGGAUCUUAGAAGCGUUUCCAAACCUUGAAAACUUGGAUGUCCUUGACAAUUCCAUUGACGAUAUUGAUUCAGUUAAGCUUCCAAAAACCCUCAAGACAUUUAAUGUCUCUCAAAACACGAUAAAAUCCUGGCAAUCGCAAAGCUUAAAGGGCCUUCAGACGUUAAUAGCCGCUAACAAUAUCAUAGCGGAUAUCCCCCCAGAUCCUUGUCCAACUAUCAGGACGUUAGAUCUUUCAUACAAUAACAUCGCCCUGUGGGAUGUGGUGGAUAAGUUUCAAACAGUGUUUCCGAAUAUGCAUGACCUACGAAUCAACAAUAACAUAUUUAGUUCUGACGAAGAAGACACAGAUGAGUUCUACCAAAUAAUAGCGAGGAUCCCAAGUCUUACUAUGCUGGAAGGAAGUAUACUUGGAAAAGAUACGCGCCGAGAGGCAGAAUUAUACUUUAUUUCCAAAGUACGUUCUGGAGAUAUCUCUUAUGACUGUUCUUCAAUUCGGUGGAAGUCUCUGUUAUAUCACCAUGGUAUCAGUGACAACUCCACGCAGAACUUCAGCUAUGAAACGCUAUGGCAUGAUAUAUGCGUUCUGGAAGUACACUUCGAAGGAAAACAGUUAGAACUCCACUUGUUGAAUACAUCUUCAGUUCGUUUAUUGAAGAACUUGAUUGCGCAGCUACUGGACCUGGACUUACUGGCCAUGAGCUUAUCCUAUUCAAUAACUCCCGGGAUCGUUUCGGAGUUCAACUACGAAUUUUCUCCUCUCACGACUUUCGGAAUAAGGAGUGAUGCAAUUGUAUACGUGAACCCAAGCGACUGCUAA